AUGAGCGACUGGGACGCUGAGAGUAUCAGCUCUACAGAGACAGUCGAAGUCGCCAACUGUUCGCAGAGGCUUCGAGGAUUUUUUCUUCGUCUACUUCUCUCGUUACUUGUCAUCGGUGCUUGCUCCGGCGCACUAGUUUGGUCAUUUGUGAAUGGCGAGGCAGGCGCGAACGUAAUUCAUGAGCGGAAUGCUUCAGUAAAUUUUUCGAUUCUAGUCGACGAGUAUUCAGUGAAAGAAGGUGUUUAUAGUGUUGUCGCACGACCAGAUUCAACUCCGUUAGAAUAUCCAUCGUUUUGGUAUCAGGACAACACAAACCAACGUCUAGUUCAUCAGGUGAACGAGAACACUGUCAUUUAUGCAUGGCCCACAUUCUCUUUCUGGGUACGAUAUGGGAAGAACGGUAGUAUUUCGCGCUGCGAUUUUGACUCAUCAACCUCGUACACGGGUUACAUCAGUCGUCUUGGACUGAACCGGCUCUCAAGGCAGCACUCGGCAAUCGACAAGCACCCCACACCAACGCCCCCGCCGGUCUCACCAUAA